AUGACGGAAAUAGACGAAGCAGCAACAUCGUCAACAUCAACACCGCCGCCGCCCGUGCGCAUCCUGAUCAUCAACCCCAACACGUCGCAGCCCAUGACCGACGCGCUGAAACCCGUCGUGCAGGGCCUGGGGAUUUCAGGCGUGCAAUACACGUUCUUCACGUCUCCCACGCCGGGCAUCCCGAGCAUCAACUCGCCCGCCGACGCGGCGCGGUCGGCCGACAUCUGCCUCCCGCAUCUGCUCCCCCUCGUCCCGCACCACGACUGCUUCCUCGUCGCGUGCUACAGCCAGCACCCGCUGGUCGCGCGCCUCAAGGCCGAGUGUGCGGCCGUCGCGGCCGCGGCGACGCAAGGGCCCGAAGGGUCCGGGGCGAGGAAAUACGUCACGGGGAUCUUCGAGGCGAGCGUGCUGGCGAGUCUGGCCUUGUUGCGCGACUCCGUCCCCGAAUCUGUACCUGACGACGGGACUUCUGCGAGGAGCAGCGCCGCCGGCACUGCUCGUACGGCUGGAGGCGACGGUUCGAGACCGGCGUUCGGGAUCGUCUCGACCGGAAAAGUCUGGGAGGAGGCCCUGCAGACCGCGGUCGAGGAGUUUCUCGGCUGUCCCACCACGACGACGAGGACGUCGCCCUUUGUCGGGUGCGAAACCACGGGUCUCAACGCGAGCGAGCUCCACGACCUCCCUGCCCAGGAAGUCCGCAGGAAGAUGAUGGACGCCACCAAGCGCCUUCUCCUGCGCGGAGCCAAUACCGAUGGCGAUGGCGACGACGAGAACCGCCUCGUCUCGCGCGUCCAGGCCAUCUGUCUCGGCUGCGCGGGCAUGGUGGGUCUGGACUCGGCGGUGCGCACGGCCUGCGUCGAAGCCCUAGGCGACAAAAGGGGCAGGGAGGUCUAUAUCGUCGAUGGGGUCAAAGCUGGCGUGGGCACCUUGUACGGUCUCGCGCGUGGCGGUUUCUCCUGA